AUGGAUGCCGCUAAUAACACAACAUUUCGCCAGUUUAAUGCCACGCAGUCUGGCGGCACCCGACCCGGAUGGAAUCCCAUACUUGGCUUCUUGACCGCCAUUGCUGCCAUCGCCGUCAUUCUAAACAUAGGUAUACUGCUGCUACAACUGUCACCGCGAAUGCGCUUAACCUCCUUCACCAUUUACCUGAUUUUCAUCUGCAUCAGUAAUCUUCCCGGUUUGGCCGUGAUGCGGGUCAUCGCCGUAAUCAACACUGUCCGGGGCGCCUGGCCCGGCGGCCAACCCGUAUGUAUCCUGUACAUGUACGUACAGUUUGUCAUCACGCAGAUCCCGGUAUUCCUGCACGUCCUCAUCUCGGUGAACCGUCUAUGGGCUUUCCAGUAUCCUCACUCGUACCGGCGACACCACAGCCAAAAGACGGCGGCGUUACUGUGUCUGGGGACGGUAGCUAUGUCCAUCUUGUGCACUUCCCUCUUCUUGCUGGAAUUCUUCUACUACAGUCCGCCCGGCCGACACAACAACUGCCAACCCGGCGCGGGAGGCAUUCUGGAGUGGCGACGCGCGGAUAUCGUUCUGCACCGGUUUAUUCCGCUGCUGCUGGUGAUCGGGAUUUAUAUUUACAUGACAGUGACGCGCUGGAAGAACAGGCGGGCGGUUAAUAAUGAUAGCAACGCUGGAACGAGCCAAGGAGUUAGUGGCAGCGAGACGAAGGCAAGUGCCACAGAGGGAGUGAGGUCUCGCCGACUGAGAAGGAAGUAUGCUCGGCAAAGAAAGGUCAAACCGUUUCUGGUCCUGACGAUGACGACGCUUAGCGUGCUGGUUUGCUGGCUUCCCGCCGAUAUCUACUGGGCAAUGCUCUACGCCGGCAUCCAAAUGCCUUUCUGGACUUUCAACGUCAGCAUUAUUCUGACGGCUCUGCAAACAAUUUUUGACCCGCUUAUGUGGCUUUUAAGCCUGAAGUAA